CAGCACACACACACACAUACACACACACACACACACCACAUCAUACUAGUGUACAUGGUAAAGUUAGAAUAAAGUGAUUUGAGUUGGACAUACAUACCUGGACCAGGAUGAAGGUUUUAGUUGUCCACAUCUGGCUUCUCUUACUGCUUCUGUACCAAGCAAACAGGAGCCUGGCUUCAGGUCAAUGUUCAGUACCCACAGUGCUCUGCUGUCUUGGACAAAAUAAUGGAUGCUACCGUGGCUGUUUUUGUGAUCAGGCUUGCCUCACCUUCGGUGACUGUUGUCCUGACUACAGUCAGACAUGCUUUCAAUCACAUUCACUACCUUCAUCUCCAUACUCACCAACCACAUUACCGCCAACAACAACAACUUCAACAUCUUCACAAAUUUUAGAACCAUCUCCAUUCUCACCAACCACAUUACCGCCACCACCAACAACUUCAACGUCUUUACAUACCUCAGCACCAUCUCCAUCCUCAUCAACCUCUCCAACAACAUCAUCAAUAGAACCACUAUCAGCACAUUCACUGCCUUCAUCUCCAUCCUCACCAAGCACAUCAACGCCAACAACAUCAACAUCUUCAAAAACCUCAGCACCAUCUCCAUCCUCACCAACCACAUUACCACCUCCACCAACAACUUCAACGUCUUCACAAACCACAGCAGCAUCUCCAUCCUCACCAACCACAUUACCGCCAACAACAACUUCAACGUCUUCACAAACCUCAGCAGCAUCUCCAUCCUCACCAACCACAUUACCGCCAACAACAACUUCAACGUCUUCACAAACCUCAGCAGCAUCUCCAUCCUCACCAACCACAUUACCGCCAACAACAACUUCAACGUCUUCACAAACCUCAGCACCGUCUCCAUCCUCACCAACCACAUUACCGCCAACAACAACAACUUCAACGUCUUCACAAACCUCAGCAGCAUCUCCAUCCUCACCAACCACAUUACCACCACCACCAACAACUUUAACGUCUUCACAAACCUCAGCAGCAUCUCCAUCCUCACCAACCACAUUACCGCCAACAACAACAACUUCAACGUCUUCACAAACCUCAGCACCGUCUCCAUCCUCACCAACCACAUUACCGCCAACAACAACAACUUCAACGUCUUCACAAACCUCAGCAGCAUCUCCAUCCUCACCAACCACAUUACCGCCAACAACAACUUCAACGUCUUCACAAACCUCAGCAGCGUCUCCAUCCUCACCAACCACAUUACCGCCAACAACAACUUCAACGUCUUCACAAACCUCAGCACCGUCUCCAUCCUCACCAACCACAUUACCGCCAACAACAACAACAUCAACGUUUUUACAAACCUCAGCACCAUCAUCAUCCUCAUCAACCUCUCCAACAACAUCAUCAAUAGAACCACUAUCAGGUCAAUGUUCAGUACCCACAGUGCUCUGCUGUCUUGGACUUAAUAAUGGAUGCUUCCGUGGCUGUUUUUGUGAUGAGGCUUGCCUCACCCUCGGUGACUGUUGUCCUGACUACAGUCAGACAUGCUUUCAAUCACAUUCAAUGCCUUCAUCUACAUCCUCUACCACAUUACCGCCAACAACAACAUCAACGUCUUCACAAACUUCAGCACCAUAUCCAUCCUCAGCAACCACAUUACCACCACCAACAACAACUUCAACGUCUUCACAAACCUCAGCAGCAUCUCCAUCCUCACCAACCACAUUACCGCCAACAACAACAACUUCAACGUCUUCACAAACCUCAGCAGCAUCUCCAUCCUCACCAACCACAUUACCGCCAACAACAACAACUUCAACGUCUUCACAAACCUCAGCAGCAUCUCCAUCCUCACCAACCACAUUACCACCACCACCAACAACUUCAACGUCUUCACAAACCUCAGCACCGUCUCCAUCCUCACCAACCACAUUACCGCCAACAACAACAACUUCAACGUCUUCACAAACCUCAGCACCGUCUCCAUCCUCACCAACCACAUUACCGCCAACAACAACAACUUCAACGUCUUCACAAACCUCAGCAGCAUCUCCAUCCUCACCAACCACAUUACUGCCAACAACAACAACUUCAACGUCUUCACAAACCUCAGCAGCAUCUCCAUCCUCACCAACCUCAUUACCACCACCAACAACAACUUCAACGUCUUCACAAACCUCAGCACCAUCUCAAUCCUCACCAACCACAUUACCGCCAACAACAACAUCAAAGUCUUUACAAACCUCAGCAACAUCAUCUUCCUCAUCAACUUCUCCAACGACAUCAUCAAUAGAACCACUAUCAGGUUGUAAUACUUGCACUGAAUAUGAGACUUGCCAGAAGAGAGGUGGUGUCUAUGGCUGUGGUUGCUUGCAAGGACAAAUACCAAAUCCUGAAAACUUUGAUGCUCUGGAAACUUGUGCCAGCAGCACUGGCUUCAUAUCUCUAUCCCGCUGCCAGCUCUUUGAAUCUGGUUUUCGUCCUGAGAACCUGCACCUAAAUGACCCAAACUGCAAAGGAAGCCUGGAGAAUGGCAGACUUCUGUUUUAUUUUGACAAUGAAGGUCACAUAUGUGGUACCACUCUGACGAGCAACAGGACUCACUUCAUCUACCAAAACUCCAUUCAGUCUAACCUGAGGAACGCUGACCAGAGCAUCAUUACAAGAGAGAUAUGGAUGAACAUGACAUUUUCUUGUGCAUACCCUCUGAUCCAGACCCUAUCUAUGCCCAUGGGUGUCCAGGUCGAAGGCGGUUUGAAAAGUGAGGAACUUCCUGCUGGCCAGGGCACAUACCAGAUCCGGAUGAUUCCCUACCAUGAUGCACAAUUUACUAGCCCAUAUGAUGGACGGGUACAAGUUGAGGUGAACCAGCAGAUGUAUGUGGCUGUGGAUGUGGAAGGAGUGGAUAGAAAUCAAAUUGCAACUGUUCUGGACAACUGCUGGGCCACACCUGUUAAUGAUUCGGACUAUCAUAUUCGCUGGAAUCUAAUUAUUAGAGAAUGCCAGAAUCCUGAUGAUGGCACAGUGGAGGUUCUUCAGAAUGGCAAUGGCACAACAAGCUAUUUCUCCUUCAGAAUGUUCACUUUCUCAGGAAUUUCUGACCGCAUCUUCCUGCACUGUCAGGUUCAUCUUUGCCUUGUACAGAAUGGCAGAUGUGCACUGUCAUGCAACCCUGGAAAUAGACAUAGAAGGCACAGAUCUUUGGACUUCUACCACUCUGCAGCAAUCACCAUGGGUCUCAGUAAACCUGAUGAAUGAAAGAUCAUGAAUUUAAAAUUCAAAUUAAGUAAUGAAUAGGAAGAACAAAUAUCUCUCUAAUCACUCCCUAUAUACAUGCAUUGAUUUAUUGUUAUAGACUAGGGAUGUCCAAACUCGGUCCUGGAGGCUGCUGUCCUGCAGAGUUCAGUGUCAUCCAGCUCCAAAACCAUCUGUCUGGAAGUUUCUUGUAUGCAUAGUAAGACCUUGAUUAGUUGGUUCAGGUGUAUUUAAUUGGGGCUGGAGCUAAACUCUGCAGGACAGUGGCCCUCCAGGAUCGAGUUUGAAUACCCCAUUUAUAGAGGAAGUCAAAACAGUAUAUACAAUACUUAAUUAUUUUAGAGUGUUGGGUGGAUUUGAUUAACAAUUACUAUCAAUGGAAGC